AUGCAGACUGGAUACUCUCUCUUGGUUAAUGAUGUGUUUUCCAGCACACUAACAUUUGCUGUGUUUAAACCUUUGCCAGGGCGGGAGCAGUUCCAUGGCCUCGGGUCUAUGUACUGCAGAGGAGCGGCUGCUGUGAUCCUCACGUACGACGUGAACAGCCUCCAAAGCCUGACAGAGCUGGAAGAAAGAUUCUUGGCGCUGACGGACAGUGCGAGUGCUGACUGCAUUUUUGCUAUUGUUGGAAAUAAAGUUGACCUCAGUGAUGACUGUACUGUACCACUGGAUGAAAAUAGACCCGAGAAGUCUGGUGCCAGCUGUGGCUCAAAGGUGCGGAAACAAGUCCGUGCAGAGGAUGCAAUUGCGCUCUAUAAAAAGAUACUGAAAUACAAAAUGCUAGAUGAGAAGGAUGUUCCAGCAGCUGAGAAAAUGUGUUUUGAGACCAGUGCAAAGACAGGAUACAAGGUGGACUACCUCUUUGAAACUGUGUUUGACAUGGUAGUCCCAAUAAUCGUACGGCAGAAAGCUGAGGGGCCACCGCAAACCGUAGACAUCACGGACUACAAGCCAGCCAAAAGGACAAAAUCAGGUUGUUGUUCCUGAACCAUCUGUGUGACAUAGAAAAGGGGAGGGAUUUUUCACUCCAGAAAAAUGAGGAAUAAGAACUGCUUGCAGUUGACCAGAAAGGAAAAGUCAAGGAAUAAAUAGACUAUAAUGGUGUAUGCAAAAAAAAAAAGAAAAAAAAGAAAAAAAAAAAGAAAAAAGAAACAAGUAAAUCUUCUGACCAUUAAAGGCUUCUGGGAAGCUGUGUGUAUAAAAAAAUGGGAAUGCAAGUGAAAUUAUGGAAUAAGACUUGCCAGUUUCCCUGGGCUCUGAAGACAAAUGGUGUGUUAUUAUGAUGGGUAGCGACAAUCAUUUGGACAGAGAUGAAAGAUUCUGAUUUUUAGUGACUUGCCAUUUCAUGUUGCACGUAAAUGAUCUGUUUGUGUACUCUUGAACACUUUCAUAUGAUGAUCCUCUUUUCCCUUAUGAUUCUAACUUUGGAAGAUUGAACACACGGUACUUUUUUUUAUUCUUAAGGAAAAAAAGAAAUUCCAGGUAUAUUUAUAUUUGUAGCUAAUAAAUCAAUUGUAAUCUUUUUAUGUCAGACAUGACAGCAUACGAUCCAGAAGCUGAACUAUUAAAAUCACUGUGGAUAUGUAC